AAUGUAAAUUUAAUGUAAAUUAGACAAUAUUUAUAUUUAACAUUGAAUAAAGUUACUUCAAAAAUGUUUCAUUACAGAAAUAGUAUCAGAUGUAUCAGGUGCAUAUCGCAAUUUAAAAUACCUAGGUCAGACUGUGUCUCAUAUGGACCACCAAAGCGAGUGAACGAUCCGAAAUUGUGCGCCAUUCGAGAUAAGGGGUUAGUUCUAGGUGUAUAUUUUAAUGAAAACGUUAAAGAUGAUGGGGCGAUUUUAACGGCAAGUGGUCAAAAAUAUGACAAACAAUGUGGUGGUAAACUUUGGAAUCAAUUAAAAUUGACCCCCAUACCGCGGCUUGGGGAGUAUAGAAUAUUUUAUGAUUUGGAUAGCACUUAUGGUUAUGUAGCGGUUGCUGGUCUCGGAACUGAAUGUCUAUCAUUUAAUACGAUUGAGCAAUUAGAUGAAAGCAAAGAAGCCAUAAGAAUAGCAGCGGGAAUAGGCGCACGAGCCCUUCAAAAGUUUAAGCCCUCUGUUAUUCACGUGGAAUCAUUUGGUAAUGCCGAAGCCGCUGCAGAAGGUGCUACUCUGUCAACAUGGAAAUUCCAGGAAUACAAAAGCCCUUCUAAUAAAGAAAUUGUUCCAAAUGCUGAAAUUGAACUUUUCGAUGACUGUGAUUUUUACGGAUGGAAAAUUGGUGCACUGAAAGCUGCAUCUCAAAACUUAGCUCGAUAUCUCCAAGAAAUGCCUCCAAAUUAUUUAAACCCAACAUCUUUUGCAAAAAUUGCAGUUGAGUUGCUUUGUGAAUUAAACAUCAACGUCGAAAUCAAGACGCAGGGAUGGGCAGCAAGUCACGAAAUGGGAGGUUUCGUUGCUAUAGGUAAAUCUUCAAUUCAGCCACCUCUUUACGUUGAGAUAAGUUAUUUCGGCGCAGACGAGUGCACCAGACCCAUAGUACUUAUCGGUAAAGGCGUUACCUUUGAUAGCGGCAGUCUAGACCUCAAACCGAUGCGAGAUUUAAUGUUAAUGAAAGGUGACAUGGCAGGUGCAGCUUGUGUACUAGCAAUUACACGCGCCGCGGCUAUUCUUAAAUUGCCUGUCAAUAUUCGAGGCAUCCUACCCCUAUGCGAGUUAAUGCCAAGUGGCAGAUGUCCGAAGUUUGGAGAUGUAAUAUCAAAUGCUCAUGGAAAAUCGAUUCAUAUAAGAGUGCCAUCACGUGAAGGACGUCUUUUGAUCGCAGAUAGCUUAGUAUACGCCAGGAACUACUGGCCAAAGGCUAUUCUUGACAUAGGGACGAUGUCCAAAGAACUAAUAUACUCAUUGGGAGGAGCAGCGUGUGCUUGUUAUACGAAUUCGGAAGAAUUAUUUUGUUACGUUUCCACGGCCAGCAGUCAAACAGGAGAUAGAAUCUGGCGUAUGCCCCUAUGGAAGUAUUACGAAGAACGUAUAAAAGAUUGCGAAACUGCAGACGUAGCAAACACGAGUCGUGAUGACUUCGGCGAUUCAGCAAACUGUGCCGCCUUUCUAAAACAGUUCGUUUGUGACAGUAAAUGGGUACAUUUCGACACAUAUAAUGUUGCUUACACAAGGGGUCACGACUUUCCCUAUCUCCAACGAGGAAUGACCGGCCGGCCCACGAGGACAGUGAUAGAAAUGAUGUUUCAACUAUUAGCCGAUUCUAAGUUGUGAUUGACUUGCUCCUAAAUAUUGUUUGUAAUAUUAUUUUAUUUUGUUUCUCAAUUUAUUGGAGUUCCUCUAAAACAUAUUUUCGAAACGAAUAAAUUUUUGUAUUUGCUAAAAUAUAAAAAAAUUGCUAACA